AUGAGUCCGUCAACAUCAACGUCAUUAUUGUUGUUCUUUUUAAAUACAUUUUUUAUUUUUUCUCUGGCAAAUCGUGCUCCGGAUUUGACCCACAGACAGCCGCGAUUUAUUUCAUUUAAUUCUAAAGAAGGAAAUAUUGAUGUCGACUUGGAUUUGUCUAUUCCAUUUCUAUCGAUUCCUCUGAAUCAUGAUGAGGAUGCAGACGGUCCAAAACCUCUGGUGAAUGUUAACUUGAAAUCUGUUGCUGUUGCUGGAGUCCUGGCUGGAGUGACGGCAUUUUUUGUUCUUCUAACCUUAUCAAUUAUUACAUUUUACUAUUUUAUUAUUCAAACUAGUACAGGCCGUGACAAUGAAUUUGGAUUAAGGGAAGCUGGUCAAGCUCUCAAUGAAUUAAUGUUGGGAAAUAAUUAUGUGACACCGUGUCUUCAGUACACUGUAUGCAGCGCUAUUGCUAAAGUCAGUCAUGCUAGAGUGCUAUCGAGCAGUGAUAAAAUAAUUGAUGGGAUAGCAAAUCUUGGAUGGUUUAAAAACGUGACGGACGGAACAGCAGUACAAGAAGCAAUAAAUGCAGGCCGGAAACAAAAUCCUGGAUGUUCUUUUAUGUUUGACGGAUGUAAAAUGCCAGCGAAUGUUCUCGAAUCUAUGAUGAAUCAACUGGGUAUCAAAUGA